CUCUAACUUUACAAGUGUAUAUGACAUCCCCGCUACAAGUCAACUAGUAUCAGUUGCAUCACAAUAGCAGCGAACAUGCCACUGCUCGACUGACUGUCUCUCUUCGGACGUGUUUUCUCUCUCUGUCACACUCUGUUAGGUGAAUAUAUAAAAGAAGAGGAUAUUUGUUUGUAUCAUUGCUGGCUUCUUUUCUGAAUACUUUAUUGGCUGUGCUUUUGAAAAGUUGGAUCAAAACCUGUCAGGUUUAGGAGAAAAAAAAGGCUUUUUACCAUUGAAGAGCUGAUUUAGACUCUUUUGUUUAUGGUCUGAUUCUAAGGAUUCUUUCUAACUCAAGAGGGAGAAGCUUUUCUUGAGUGUUGCCUUGAAAAGGAGAUACAGAACAAGGAAGCAGAGCAUUGUAAAGUGGUUCUCAACUUGAACAAGUUAGUGAUAUUGAGUUGGUGAAGUAUUUAAUCUCUGUUGGAGUGGAUAAUUGUACAAUCUUCAAGAUGCAUCUUUCAGUAUUGGUGUGCCUCCUGGUAGCCAUGUUGGUCUGUUUGGUUCAAGAUAGUAUCUCCUGUAGCUGUCAACCUUCACAUCCACAGGAUCACUUCUGUAGAUCAGCCUAUGUGAUCAGAGCAAGAGUUACAACAAAGGAGCUGAUAUAUCCAGAGCCACAACCUGAGCCAAUGGCAGAGUCCUCCUCAUUCAGUGAAGUCUCAUUCUCAGAUUCUGACUGGGGUAUAGAUAACGAGGGACCGAUCAUGGACCAGAGUGAAGGAUUAUUGGCUGCUUCAAUGAAUCUUGCUGCUAUGCCAAGAUUACCUCAGGUGAGGGUACCCGCUGGUCUUCAGGCACCUCAGUACAUGGAGGAGAACCGCCCAAUCAAACUGGAAUAUACCGUCAAGGUUGAGAAGAUCUAUAAGGGAGAUGAUCUCUUGAUGCCUAAGUCUACCGCCAAGAUCGCCACAGCAGCCAUUGAUGCAGCGUGCGGAGUCACUGACUUAGAAGUGGGACAGGUCUAUGUUCUAGCAGGAACAUUUUACAAUGCUGAGCUGAGGAUUUCAUCUUGUAACUGGAAGGAGGGAUACAAGAACAUCACUAAGAGACAAAGACAAGGCAUCAAGCAUACCUACAAAUUACAGUGUGGAAAAUGUGAAAUCUCCCCCUGCUACGGGCGCUACUGCCCAACGGAACCCGUGCCUGAUGUCUGCAUGUGGGACCUCUCUCACUUGAGGGAUGACUGUGAGAGCCAAUAUGCCUACUGCUCCAGAGACGGUAGCGGACAGUGCUUCUGGAACGGAAAGACGGACAUGCGCCGGUGCAUCCGCAGACGAGCUAAGGGAAGGACACAGAGCCGAGGAGGCUUCAUGCCAUGAGCCACCAACAGAGGGUGUCCUCCCUUUACCCAUCAUGCCUGAUUCUCUUCUUCCUGUUGGAGUGAAGUGCUCUUUGUGUACAAUGUACAUAACUUACUAAUCAUGGACACUCUCCUUUGAAGACUUCAGUGUUUGACAUCAUCCAUAAUCUAUCAAACUAAUCUAUCAUUUUCUGAAUAAUUACCAAACAUUCAAAAUACCCACUUUAUUUCUAAACAAGAAAGAAGGAGGGCCACCAGGAGACAAAAAUUUAGUAAAAGAUGAAAUCAAACAACUUUAAAUGAUUAAAAAAAAAAAAAGGAAAUGGAUAAAUCGUCUGUCUGGAGCUCGAAGGGUGUUAACUCUUAUACUUAAGAAUAUUCAGCGUUAACACCCUUUGCCUCUAAACAGAUAAACUGAUAUAACUCUACAUCGUAUUUACAUCUUCAAGACCACAUUUACAGGGAAUCAUUGGAAUGCGAUUAGUUAUUUUAAUUAUUAAAGGUACUGUAUAUUUUGUGUAAAGGUAUUAUUAGAUUUUAAUGUAUAGAUUUCAUAAGUAAUUGUUAUUUGAUAUUUUAUUGAUUUAAUUUAAUUUGUACAGACUUUAAGAAGAACAAGCAAAACAAACAAAGAAGUUCAUUAGAUUUGAUGAAAUAUUCAGCUCAAUGUAAUACUUAGUAGAGCUUAUCCAUGCAUUCAUAAUUUGUCCGUUUAAAUUACGUUAAAUAUUGCAUCGAUAAUUCUUACUGCUAUUUUACAAUGUAAAAGUGUUUACCUUCAGAAAGAAAUUGCCACAUCACAUAUCUCAAGAUAAAGUUUUGUUUCAACAUGAAAUAAAAUCCAUUUUCUGUAUUGAUAUCCUAAGGAUAUCACUCUAUCCUGUUUUAAAAUUCUUAUUUAUUGCCCUCAGUCUCCGCACAAAUACGCAAAACAUGUGCAAAAUAUAGGAUCAUGACAAUUUCUAAAAACUUCAAAAAAUGCAAAGAUGCAGACACAUUGAUAUGUUUGAACUUGACAAAGAGUCUUUUAACUAAUGUUUAAGAACUUUUAAGGGUCAUUAUUCAAACAGUGUAUAAAGGUAUAAUUAUGUAGAUAUAUCGUAUACUGUUAAAUCCCUAUUUUCUAAACAAGGUCCACAAAAACAAGAUUCUAGAUGAGGAUUAAUUGUAAAGCAAUAUCUUGCUGGUUUUACAAAAUGAUUAUAUAGAUGAUGAAAAUCAAGGAAUUUCUUUGAAAUUACUGAAAAUGUUAUCAUGGUAUGUAUGACUUUAAAGUCAUAGAUACCAAAUUACAAAAUUAAUUCUUAUUAUAUUCAUUGAAAGAGCAGCAUUAAUUUCCACUCCCUAUUAAAAUUAGUAGCUUUAAGCUGAGGCCAUUUCAUAAAAACCAGCCAAAUUGAAUUGGAUUUUGGUUGGUCUGCAUCUAGUACUUGACUUUUUUUCCCUUUUUUUUCUGCAAGUCUUCUAUUUUUUGUAAAUAUUGCUGACUUAAUUCCCUCGGUAUGUUUAUUUAAUAUUCUUUGAACAAAUUCAGUGUGUUUUGUUAAUCUAUUACUUAUAAUUAGUCUACAUUAUCAUCUUUUGUCUUCCAUAACUAUAACUUUGUUCUGUCACCAAUUUAUAAAAGAUUGAGAGUGAGAAAAGAAAAAUGAUACAAGUGAGGUUGAAGAGCACUAUAUGAAAGGUAGCACAUGUAAAUAUUUUAAGUCAUUUGUGAUGUUAAUAGUAAUUCAUAUAUUUCAGAUGAAUAACCAAUAUUUUGACAAACCAGUGCUUGUUUGUAUCAUGUGUAAUUGUAUAUAAUGUUAGGAUAAAUAUCUAUAACCUUCGUUCUGCUGAUAAAAGACAAUAAUUGAUGCUUAUAUUCUAAAAUUCCUCAAAAUGGUUUUGCUGAAGGUUCAUCUUGUAUAAAUCAUACUAACAUUUCUUCAUACCUACCUCUAUAUAAUAUCACUCUUUGUGAGAAAAAAAAUGCAUCCUUUUGUUUUUGUUUUUUGUUGUUCCUCAAUCAUGUCGCUUCUCCUGCAUUCUUUAUAUGAACUCACAUUAUUUCUACUACUUAUACCACCAAUAGUGCUAUUACCUCUACUACUACUGCUACUGCUACUGCUUCUACUACUACUACUAUGAUGAGGACUCAUACUUCUUCCAAUUACCAUCCUUCCUCUUCUACAACCGCUUCUCUGCUACUCUUUCCUUUGCUCCUACAUUUAUUUUUACUACAAUAUAUUAAUUUGCUAUUCGAUUUUAAGCUGGCAGAAUAAAGUAAUUUAAAUCUGGUUGGUACAUCAAUGAAAACACUUGAAGGUGAAUAUGUAUUUCUAAUAAGCUCCAGUGGACAUCUCCCAAUUGUCUUCCAUCUCUAGAAUUGCAGGCUUUCAAUAGACUACAGAAGAAAGAUUACUGAAGGUUUGCAAAUGAAUAACUGAUGUGUCUAUUUUUGUUUCAUUCAUUUUAGUCAAUGUCUUGCUUGCUUUCAGAAUAAUCAAUUAAAGUAAAUGUUCUUUGAUA